AUGUGGCCUUUUAUACAUAAAUUAAUCUGGAUCCCUUUGCAGGCACAUAUUGUGUCAGUCAUUUUGGAUGUUCUCAACCCAGAACAAAAGGAAGAGGAAGAUUUUCAUAUACAAAUUGAGAAAGAUCCUGCACAGGAAGACUUUCCUCCAGGGAAGGAUGACCGGCAAUCCAUACAAGGUUCGUUUUCGUCUACGGAUGUCGGUCUCGGCCCGCUUAUGCGAGACAUAAAGAAUAAGAUCUGCCGUGAUACUGAGAUGAUCGCUCUUAUGGAAGAUGACAAUGGAAUGGAGCUUCUGGUGAACAAUCAGAUCAUUUCGUUGUCUCUGCCAGUACGAGCCGUCUAUGACAAGUUAUGGAAGAAAGCGAAUCCCGGACAACCGAUGGUGAUCGUUUAUAGAAUGCGUGGUUUGCUUGGAGAUGCAGUAGAGACGUUUGUGUCCACACUUGGUGAAGCUGACGGAGGCGAGGCAGAAGAGGACGAGACACUAUCGUCACUAACUGGUGCUUUGUCACAGUGUGGUGGCUUAACGCGGGCGCUACGGUUGAUUGGCUUGGCUGAUACCGGAAGUGCUGGCAGGUUCCUCCUUGGUCAACUACGAAAACUCUUCGAACGUUGUGUGAAAACAGAACAAGGACGAGUGGACCUAGUAUCGUCGGGUGCUAUCAAUGCCUUCAUGAAGGUGCUACACUCGUGCGUGUCCCUUCGCUCUACGGAUGAAGGCGUUCUCCAAAUAGGUCUUGAAUAUCUUCAAAUGAUUUCUGCCAUAGUGAAUGAUCCAGCUGUGCAUCCGAUCUUGACCGGUAUUUCCAAGGAAGACGCUGAAUGGCUUUUGUCGUUUGUAAUGGCACGUCCUGAUUCCGGUUCCGAAAGCGUGAACAAGUUCUGUGCUCAAGUUUCACGAGUCAUCGGUAACCUCGUUGUGGGUAACGAGGAAGCUGAGAAAGCUCUCAUUGCCAUGUACAUCAAAACGUGCCAGUGGAAAGAAAUUGACGAGACAAAUGAUGUCUCACUUCGAAGUGAGCGUGUGGUAGCUGUUGGUAGACUGUGUGAAGUGACUGCGGGAAUUCUCAACAGUGCCGAAGCCGCAAAGCUGAAACAGCUGAUUUUGGAUAGCGGUGUUCUGUCUAAAGCAUGCUCACAUCUUGUGUCAAAUCAUCCGCCACUCUAUUCGGCUACUGAAUCUCAAGAGUGGAAAGCGUUCCUCCUCCGGCCGUCCUUGAAAUUGAUGCUGUCGUUCAUGCAUGGAAUGGCGAGAUCACAUGAAGCAAGUCAACGAGCUCUGGCCGAGAAAACGUUGCACAUACUCCACCGUUUAACUGCUGUGGCUUCCGACAACUCCAUAGGCACCAUGGCUGAGAAUGUUGUUGAAGCACUCAAAGAGAAUACUGAGGUAGCGGCUCAAAUCGAGAAUGUACGUCAAGAAACCCGGCAGAAAAAACGGCAAAUGGCAAUGGCCAUGCGUAAUAAGCAGUUACGUGAGAUGGGAAUGCAGAUGGGAAAAUCGGGUGAAGUGAAGGUAUGUUAA